AUGGAGGAAGCCUUGUUAGGAUUACCGCCAUUCGUAAACGGUACGUUUUCUUCAGAAUGUGAUUAUAAAAUCGCCGAACUCUUGUAUAGUAUAGCUGCACCUAUAGUAAUCUUCAUUACAUUGUGUUUUAAUGUCCUGUAUAUUAUUCUCGUCAAUUACGACAAAGACGAUCGAUCUGCAUCUACAGUACAGGCAACAGGAAUAUCAAUAUCAAACACGCUACACGGUGUAUCUCAACUUCCGAUUUUAUUUUAUUUCUUCUUGCGAGACAAUAUGGCGGAUCCGGUUUCACCAAACUGGUGUAAUGCAUAUCGAAUCCUGGGAUUUAUUUUGCCAAAUAUAUUUCAUACAGCUACUUUAUGGCAAUUAGCUGUCUAUGGUAUUCAGAGAUUUCUUUGUUUCCGUUGGCCGUUCAGUGCACUUGUUUGGUACAAAGUGGAUCGAUUUCUUAAAUUUACUGUUAUAAUUUAUGUAUGUGCAUCAAUAAUACACAGCUAUAAAUUCUUCGAUUUUGUUCAUGAAUCUGGGGAACCAUGUACAUUUAGCUAUCGAAACGGGAUAAAUACUACUUAUUAUGCUCCAUUUUAUUAUUGGCUAUGUGCAAUAGCCGUGCAAAUAGUGCCAUGUGUCACUAUGUCAAUUUGUGUGGUUCUGUUAAUUUACGCUAUUCAUUUUAAUUACCUCCGACGCAAAAGGGUAUUCGUUAACAGUCUUACUGCUUUACCUCGCAAUAGAAAAUCUACCAUGCAGGAAUGCCAGUCUUUAGGAAUAUUGAUAAUAACGUUGGCAGUAGAAUGGCCUCUUACUUUGUUAAUUAUAUUACACAUAACUUAUUCGGAUACAACGUCAGAGGAAUGUGCGUAUACGCCUCUUGUCAUUGCCCACUUUACAUUGUUGUUAUCUUAUCUCUUAUUUCUACCAGUUUACUUAAUAUUGAACUUUGAACUCAGAAGAACAUUUAUUCUUUUAAAGUCCGAUGUAACCAUUUUCUUCAUGCGUCAUUUGCAAAUAGAUGUUAACUCAGAUGAUGUGGAUCAGCAAUAGAAAAGUAAACUUCGUCGACCAACGUUCUACCAAAGCUUUUUUUAAAAUUUACUGACAACUCAAAGAAUUUUAACAAACGGAAAAUCACAAGAUUCCUUGUUAUUAUGGCAAUUAUCAUAGCACAGUGUGAAGAUUUUGUGUAUGGGUGCAUAUUCAAUAUUCAAAAUCAAUUGAUAACUGCUAUCCUGCGUGAGGUACAAGUAUUCUCAAUCUAUUUACAAUUUUUCAAUUACUGGGUACUUUCACUUGUGUAUUGAAGUUCCUCCCAAUUUUGGUGACUGCAAUACCCUUUCUUUUCCAUGAAAUUGAAAAACUGGUAAUGUAAAGCAAUGUUAUCAAAAUUCAGGCUGCAUAAUUGGAUAUUAUGUUGAAAAAAACCAAACACCAAUGUGAUAAUUUAGGGUUGAUUUUCUUUGGCUAAGACUACUGUCCCAGAUUAGGAAAAAAAGGGGGAGGUGAGCGCGCUUGUAAAUAUCUUAAACCUUUGUUGUGUGUAGCCAGGAAACUAAUCUAGUGGUUUUUGUCUGUUAUAUUUGUUUUUCCUUCUUUGUUGUAGUAAAAUAGUAAAAAUCAGGACGCAAGGCUAUUUCGCACAAAGACAGGUACAACGCUAUUUUGCACAAAGACAGGUAAAGCAGUACUUUGCAAAAACACUGAACACUAUUUCCGGCAAACAGACACCUUCAUCUGUAUUCCGUACAAAGACACGUGAAACACCAAUUUUCGUAGAGACAGGUACAACGCUACAUGAAUAUAUUUCACACUUAGACACAUACUGAAGUAUUUCGCAUACAGAUAAAUACAACGCUAUUUCGCAUAAAUACAGAUGUAGCAACCUUUCGCCAAAAGACAAGAACACGUGUAACAUUAUUUCGCACGAAGACACGUACAGAAGUAUUUCGGAAAAAGACACAUAUAACAAUAUUUCGCACAAAAAAGGUAGAACAUGUUUUUGCAAACAGACACGUAUAUCAGUAGUUUGCAAAAAGAAUACGUACAACGAUGUUUCAAACAGGAGUGUUUUGCACAAGGUCACAGACAGAAGUGUUCCUCACAAAAUCACGUACAGCAGUAGUUUUCAAUGACACCAUAAACCAGAACAAGACGGAGAUAACACCAAGUGAAAAAAAAAGUCAUAUUGAAAUUAUGCCUGGUAUUUUUGAGAAUUUAGUCACGUUUAUUUCAGAUCUUUAAAAGAUUCUUUUUAAUUUAAUUACACGAUUAAGACUCGGGGCAAUAAAGAGCUUACCAUAUUGUAUUGAUACUUGUCUGUUGUUGAAGACUGUUUUUGUUCUUUAAAUGUUUUUAUUAUUA